CAGUCUUGUCGAGUGUUCCGUGGCGGCCGGCGAGCGUUGCGAUUAAUAGCGACUGCACCCGCGAAUCGCAUUCCGAUCUCGCGAUUUCCAGCCCGCGGUCUCUCGCGCUUUCUGUCGCGGGCUAGCGCGCCGGGCGUUAAAUCGAAACCGGCCGCGCACGGAGAGGAGCGGCGAGUGUGUGCGAUGGACAGUGGUGGACUCGGUGGGAUCGCCGUUCGUCGAAUGAUACGAGACGCCGCUGAUCGGCGGCCUGACCGAUCUCGAGUUUUUCGGGCCAGAGAGUGUCUCGCCCGCCAAAAGUGACGCCUCCGCUCGAUUCCUGGAUCUCUCCUCGAUCGCGCUUUACCGGUUCAUAAGUCGGAUAUGCACCUCUCGUUCGCUGUCCACAGGUGUACGUAAUCGCGGCUGACGGGAGCACGCGCGUAAUCAUCAUCAAGUGCGUUCGUCCGGUUAACGCGUGAACACAAGCCGCUUUUAUUGGACUUUAGAAUUCGGGAGAUAAGCGGAAGACCGUCGACGAAAAAACACAUUCCUCUUCCAGGUGAGCCUUUCGUCGUCGUAGGAUUCCUCGGCUCGAGCGAUAACGAGGUCCACGGCCGAGAUAAACAAAGAAGCACCUCGAUAUUUCCUACGUGGAAAGCAAGCACGGCUGACGUGCAUUUGAGAAAUGCACGGCCCGGCGCAAAGGAUUGUCCUGGUUUAAUUAUUGACGCUAAGAGUAAGAAAGAGAGAGAGAGAGAGAGAAUCGAAACCUGUUGCCAGUCCGCGAAUCUCAAUCGCGUCGUCAAGUUCUCCGAGGAAGAUCGGCGGAUAUUUUCAAUUCGUCGGCAGGGAAAGCUGGACGCUCAUCAUCGUCGAGGAUAGAUUUGAGGAUUCGCUCCGGCCUCUCGCGAGGAUCAUUCUCUCGCUCAAGGAUCGCUCGGAGAAGAGGAGUCGCGCACUUCCGCGCUCCCGAGGAGACAAGCGGCGAGGCGCGGACGAUGUUCGAGCGAGCCGUCGUCUCAGUCUGAAACUCGUUUCGCGGCGUGUACGAGACGUGCGUACCGAAAGCGCGUGCAGUGACCCGCGCGCUUUCGCGACGUUACAGUACCUGGACGCCCCGCGAGUGUGUGAGCGCAUCUGAAGGAAUCAUUUAACGCAGGAUCGAUACUCGCGCGACAAUUGGAGCGAGUUCGCGAAGGCAGAGCUCGAUCGUAACAGGCCGAUCGGAGCUCUCGGUGCGCAGGUGAGCAAGAAGACGCGCAGUCGGGCUUCUCGGAGAGACUCCGCGAUAAUCGCCGUUCGCUUUCACCGCAGCCUCGAGUCGCGCGUGCGACGACGGCUAUGGUAUUCCGUAAUAAAUCUAACAGCGGCCCGGAGUAACGGUUUACGAAUAUUACGGUGAGGAGGAGAGACCCGAACGAACGAAUCUUACGAAAUCCGCCGCGAGAAUCGAGGAAGAUCAGCGAGAGAGGAGAGCGAGGAGAAACUUUUUGAAGAGUUCACGAGGUGCUGCACCAGGGUGAUCGUUGUCGUGACUUCCGCGGCGGCGCGAAUCAACUCUCGUCGGCUCACGAUCGACGUGCGGCGAAAAGCGAACAGGAAGGAGCACGAGUCGCGGUUGUUGUGUCGCGGCUGACUCUCUCGAGCGAAGGAGGAUAAGGUCCCGCUCGUAGAGAAAGAGAGAAGGCGGUCGCCGAUGCGCGGCGAGAUACCACCGGGGUCGUUGCUCGCGGUGUGUAUGAACGCGAAAUACGUGAUCGAUCGAUCGACUCGACGAUAAGAGAGUAAAAAGAGAGAGAGAGAGAGAGAGAGCGACAGAGAGAAAGAGUGAGCAGAAGGAGGAGACGCGAGAUUCUCCAGCGGGCUCGACGAGAGGACGUCGCGAUGCCGACGGUGUGAGGCAGCUACGAAAAGUCCUCGCGAUCGGUAGUCGCUCCGGACGCGGCGUCGUCGCACAGCUCUCUCAGUGGAAGCAAGCAGCGUAGUAAAAAGCCGGCAAGCUGGAUGCUACAGACGGUGCCUCGCCCCCUCCGCCCCCGCCCGACAUUACCGUCACGCAGGAUGACCGAAGAGAGGAUGUGAGGGGAGAAGAUGUAGAAGCCGAGCGAUGGACGGACCAGCGUCCCGGUGGCGAAAGGAUCACUGACGGGAUCGCCGAGAGGAUGCACAAGCACACCAGCCAGCUACGCGGUCCAGGUGGCCAUAAUGGCGGCUAUCACGGCGCUAACAGGGGCCCCGUGAGGAGAUGGAACAGCUUCCAUGGUGGCGGCGGUGGUGGUGUUGGUGGUGUUGGUGGUGGUGUUGGAGGUGGUGGUGGCACCAGUAAUUUCAACGAUGGCGUUGGGAACGGCGGCAUGAUCACGAAAGCCUGUCAGGAACCCUUCAGGGCCGUGCCUAGAGCGGUCCAGGCCCUCAGGAGCGAGUCCGUCGACAGGACUCCUCGAGCUCAGCCGCCGCCGCCACCCGCGUUCCCCAGGAGGAGAUUCUCCGUGUGCUUCGGGAAGCGGACGGGUGGCAGUGCCAGGAGACCCAACGAAUGCUUCGUCCUCGAGCCCUCCGAGAUGAUUGUCAUCGACUACCCGGAAGUGCAUGGCGGAGGAAGGAUGCAUCGGCCACCGCACCCCCAUCCCAUAACCGACCACCGUCAGGUCAACCUGGUCUUCGAUGACACGUUCUCACAGGGCCUGACAGGGCGGCCCGAACUAUAUCAGAAAUCAAACAGGAGUAGUCAUUCGAGUGACACGAGUUCAGCGUACAGUGGAUCCGACACCAUGACGUCUGUACAAAGUUCAUUAGACGCAGACCCCGACGAGGUGGACCUCUCGGGUCUCGUAGAGUCGAUCGUUGACAGCGACGAGGAGGAGGAUCUGGCAGAGAGUAUGGACAGUCUGACAGUCCGCGACCCCGUGCGAGAGUGUUUGGAGAAGGACCCGGUGGAGAGAACGGAGGACGACAUAGAGACGCUUCUGGAGUUCACGCAACAGCUGAAGGCUUUCACCAACAUGACCCUGGCCGUGAGAAGAGCGCUGUGCGCGGUGAUGGUGUUCGCAGUCGUCGAGCGCGCCGGUAUGGUGGUUUUGAACGACGGUGAGGAGCUCGACAGUUGGAGCGUGCUGAUCAACGGCGCGGUCGAGGUCGAGCACAGCAACGGCGAGAUCGAGCAGCUCAGCCUCGGCGACAGCUUCGGCAUCUUGCCCACCAUGGAGAGGCUGCUGCACCGCGGAGUCAUGCGAACAAAGUGCGACGACUGCCAGUUCGUUUGCGUCACGCAGGCGGACUACUUCCGGAUCCAACAUCAGGGUGAGGAGAACACCAGGCGACACGAGGAGAACGGCAGGGUGAUUCUCGUGACCGAGUUGCGGGGGGCCUUGGACGGCGCCGCGCGAAGAGGCCACGUGGUGAUCCGCGGCACUCCGGAGCGCUUGAUGUUACAGCUCAUCGAGGAGAACAGUAUUACGGAUCCGACUUACGUGGAGGACUUCCUAUUGACUCAUCGAACGUUCAUCGACAGCCCGUUGCUGGUCGCGAGUCAAUUGCUGGAGUGGUUCGACCAGGCGCAGGUGCGAGAUCGCGUGGCCCGCGUCGUGCUGCUGUGGGUGAACAAUCAUUUCACCGACUUCGAGACUGACCCGUCGAUGAUGGAGUUCCUGGAGGCGUUCGAGGCCGGACUCGAGCGGGAGAAGAUGCAGGGCCAACAGAGGCUGCUGAACAUCGCGUGCGCGGCGAAAGCGAGGACGCGGAACGUGACGCUCGCCAGGCCGAACAGGGACGAGGUGCUGAACUUCAGUAUCUUGGGUGGCUUCGAGAGGGGCUUCGGCAUAUUCAUCUCGAAGGUCGACAAGAGAUCCAAGGCUGAGGACGUCGGUCUCAAGAGGGGCGAUCAGAUCCUGGAGGUGAACGGACAAAGCUUCGAGCACGUGAACCAAGCGAAGGCCCUCGACAUUCUCCGAGCCUCCACGCAUCUCAGCAUCACCGUCAAGUCCAACCUGCUCGCGUUCAAGGAGAUGCUCCAAGUGCCGGACAAUUCGCCUCGAGCGCGCGGCAGGGCGAGCAAGCCGGAGAUACCCAGGCUGCCGUCGGACCCGCGAGCCAGGCUGUCGACGCACGUCGACCCCAUGACCCCCGUGAAUCCGUUGAACCCCUUGAUCGGCGGUGUGCCGUUGCUGAUACCCGACAACAACGUCUCGCCGUGCAAAGACGCGAAGAAGGAGCACAAGGGAUUCAUGACUCUCGGACCGAAGCGACGGCUGCAGAAGGCGCUCAUGAAGAUGAAUAUAUUACCAAAGAACACGAUCAACGACGGCGUGCACGUGGACGAUCCGCUGGCGCCACCGCACACGCCACCGGGCACCGGGCUCUCGCAGACCACCACGAAUCUCUACCACUCGAAGAGCAACCCGGACCUCACGUCGCUCUAUUGCUACGACGACCUGAGGGCGAACGAUUAUCCCGAGCACGUGCUCAAGGUGUACAAAGCCGACCAAACCUGCAAGUACCUACUCAUCCACAAGGAGACCACGGCGCACGAGGUGGUGAUGCUCGCGCUUCAAGAGUUCGGCAUCACGGAGAGCAGCUCGAACUUCUCUCUGGCGGAGGUGAGCGUCGGCGAAGGCGGUAUGAUCAAGCAGCGCAGGUUGCCGGACCAACUGCAGAAUCUCGCGGAGCGGAUCGGACUGAGCUCCCGGUAUUACCUGAAGACCAACGGGAUUUCGGAGACUCUGGUGGCCGACGAGCAAGCCCCGGAGCUUAUUCGGGAGUCGCAGGUGCAUUUUCUGCAGUUGAACGCGGUGGAGGUGGCGAUACAGCUGACUCUGCAGGAUUUUAGUAUAUUCAGGCAAAUCGAGUCCACGGAGUAUGUGGAUGAUUUGUUCGAGCUGAAGAGCAGGUAUGGCGUGCCUAUGCUCAGUCAGUUCGCGGAACUAGUCAACAGAGAGAUGUUCUGGGUCGUGACGGAGGUUUGUUCCGAACACAAUCUCGUGCGGCGCAGUAAGAUUAUAAAGCAAUUUAUUAAAAUAGCACGUCAAUGCAAAGAAUGCAAGAACUUCAACUCUAUGUUCGCGAUCGUGUCCGGCCUGGGUCAUGGCGCGGUCUCGAGAUUGAGAGCGUCGUGGGAAAAACUGCCAACUAAAUAUCAAAGAUUGUUCAGUGAUCUGCAGGAGUUGAUGGAUCCCAGUCGCAAUAUGAGCAAGUACCGGCAACUGGUGGCGUCGGAACAAACGCAGCCACCGAUAAUACCUUUUUAUCCAGUCGUAAAGAAGGACUUGACCUUCAUACAUCUUGGCAACGAUUCGAGGGUGGAAGGUUUGGUGAACUUCGAGAAGCUCCGAAUGAUCGCGAAGGAGGUGAGAACGCUAACGAACAUGUGCUCUUCGCCCUACGAUCUACUGACCAUGUUAGAAAGGGGCGGGCAACCGCCGAGUUCCGCGAUGGUCGCUCUCAAUCAAAUGACCACCGGCAAUCAAGGCGGCCAAACUGCGACGGUGAAGCGACGGAAGAAAUCGACCGCCGCGCCGAACCCGAAGAAAAUGUUCGAGGAGGCGCAAAUGGUGCGACGAGUAAAGGCCUACCUUGCGAACAUGAAAGUCAUCACUGACGAGGAACGACUGCAUCAGCUCUCCGUCGAUUGCGAGCCCCAUGCAGGAGCUGUUGCAGUCGCUGCCGCGGUACCGCUAGGCGGCAGCAGGGGUAGGAGGCAUCCGUCGCCUACUCUAUCGACCACCAGCAGUGCCAGUAGCACCAGUGAAGGCAGGAAGAGUAUACAAGGUACCAAAUUCGGUGCUGCGUCGCCACAAGCGGUGAGGAAGAUGCUAGCCCUGUCGGAUCCUCACAAGACGCGGCCGUACCAACCUAAACACUGUCCCCCGCCGUUACCAGUACCUGGAUUGGCGUUACAUUCGAGCGGUUUGGAGCCUAGUCCAGGUGCGCCUAGAAGAGUAGGAUCCGGUAGCAGGGUACCGAUGCAUGAACGAUCCCACAGCGACACCCCUGCUAGCCUACCACCGCCCGUCGAUCUCAGUGCGGAGAGUAGCAGCGUAACUAGCUUAAGCAAUCUCCAGCCGCUGAGGAAAACCUUGACGAGCGGUUCGGUGACGAGCAGUGACAGUGGUCAUAGCACUCAGCUGGACAGCCACAGCGGGAGCAGCGUGGAAGCGGGCGGCAGCCCACCGCCACCGCAAAGACGGCACUCCGCUAUGCAAGGUUCUACGGGAUUAGGAGGAGUAAACAUGGGCCUAGGGAUGCCAGCCCCGCUGCCGCCGCCCGGAGCGGGCACCACGACGAUAAUGACGACGAUGAGCACCAUGGCGGCGGGCAACAUCUCGUCGAUCACAACGAUGCGACCCGGCAUGAGUAGCGGGCCGCAGUGCCGUCAACCACCGGCGUACAAAGUCGCGCAACAGAUGGCGAGAUUGCACAGACUCGGUCGUGCUAACAGCCACGAGGGGGUCACUUAUCGCACCGAUCACGAAGAUGGUACUACAUGUAACCAAAUCGCUACCGUUCACACAGCUCACACACCACCACAAUCAUCUCACGUUCACACACCACUGUUCGGUUUACGCUCGUUGAGGCUUACGCUCCCGUUGUUAACGUUCACGCACGGCGAAGAGUGUUGAUUCUUUCUUUACAGCUCUCUCAUCACCAUCCCCGAGAGUACCUAAGGUCCCGGGCGAGCGUUGCGCUCUCUCGCUAUGAUCGGAGCAUUCUUUCAUUCUUCACCGGAACGUUUUUCACCGUGCGUGCGAUCGGCUGGGCCGUCUAUUCUUUCGAUACGUAGUAUUCCCCGGUUAGUUUAGCCCCUCUUCUUUCGAGGUGAUCUUACCCACCUCCGGAAGAAUGACGGCAGCAACAAUCAAGAUGGCAUCGUGAAUCUUCGCAAACGUAAUCUCGAACACCAACCUUGCACACGAUCGUGAACACAGCGACAUUGUUAUUAACAAUUGCCGGUCGGAGAGAAGCUGGUUAUCACAUGCCUAUUGUAAAUACGUGUUGUUUACGUGUAAAUUAACGAGGCGUCUGUAUACGACUGUAUAUGGAGAGCUUGCGAAUUGAAUCUCUGUGAUCAUCGUAUGUGUGUGUUUAGUGACGCACCCAUUUAGCAUUAGUCGUGGUAAUAAGCAUCCCGCGAUGCAUCUCGAUAUUUUUCACCGCAUCAAGUGCAUCGAGUCAAUAUUUGUGUUACUAGUCAUCGCAUUCACACAAUGGCUGGUUGCCCGUCAUUAUUGUCGAAUUUUGGCGCGUUGUACGGUGUGUAUGCCGGAUUUUAAGCGGUCUGCCCCGUGAUUAUUUAUUUACCAUAUGCGUGAUGCCGAGGCAUGGAUUCUUGCUUGCUUGCAUUACUUGUCGCACGUGAUCAUCCCCUUGCCAUCCAUUUUUGUCGUUCGCAUCUUGGGAUUAUUCCCGAGAGAUAGAGUGAGAGAGAGGGAGAGAGUGAGAAAGGGAGAGAGAAAGACUUCUAGAACCGGCUCGUUUUCAAGAGUAAUUAGACCUUUUUUCUUCUUCUCUCGAGCCGGAGAAACGUACCACGGUGCGGUUUCUCUUUUAUUAGGCAUCGCAUUAAAACGAGAGACUCUAACCUAAGUAAGAUUAUAGCAGAAUAAGUAUAAACUGUACAUAAGCCGCUUUCUCUAGCAUCCAGCGCAUGGAAUCUCUUUUUACCUUUUUUUCUCUUUUUUUUUUUCCAUUACGUUACAAUAGCUUCUGAUUUUCCCGUUAUUCUCUGCCGUACGACCCUCCCACUUAGAGAUACUUUAGAGAUCACACGUUCCUUUUUUUUUUUUUUCGAUCUUACUAUUACGCUCCAUUUGCCGAAACGCUCAUACUCGUCGAAUCAAGCGCGCGGGGAAUGCACGCGCGAAUUUCGCUCAUCCGAAUUGCAUAGAGUCCCUCGCGCUUAGAUCGCCGCGCGCGCUCCGAAACGUGUCAUUCACUAAAAGGCCAUUCUGAAAUGUUGCAGAUGACGAAGACGCCCAAGUGUCGGCGGUCUAAGCGGUCCACACACACAGACACACAGUUACGCCGAAUCUGUCUCGGUUCACCCGUUUAGUUAAUUUCGUCAGAACCGUUUCGUUCGCACGGUCGGGGACGGGCGGCGAGGAGGGGAAUCGUUUCUUCUCCCUUUCCGGCGUGCGCGCCGCCCACGUCACGUCACGUAAACACCGAAAACGCGAACACAGGGUGGAGGACAAGGGCGACACGCGCGCGAAUUUUCCCCCUCCAACGUCGCGGGAACUCCGAGUUCUCGUUCUCCGCGCGUCCAUCACGGCGGUAGCGUUUUCCCAUUAUCCCGACGGUGCGUGUGUGCGUGUUUAAUGAUCGUUGCACACCACGUCGAUCAUCACUAUCACCGUCACCGCCGUCGUCGUCGUCAUCGUCGUCACCACCGCCACUCUGUGUCCCUUUGCUCUCCAUGAGCCGCGCGGGCCAAUUUUUCGCGUGGGCGAAACCCACUUUCUCCUCAACGCCGCCGAGAAAGAGGCGUCUUUUUUUAUUCUUAUUUCUACGCAGAGAGCGCUUGUCUUCCAAUAGCCCCCCCCUCACUCACUCACCCGCCCACCCAGCCCCGCGACGAACACACGACGGCACCGUCGAGAAUCUCAAGCGUCGAGGAAGAAGUAUUUGUACAGCGCGUACCGUUCAACCGGCACUGGAUGGAAAGCGACGAGCGACCGGCGAACCCGGCCGGUCUGAAGACGAGGAAAAGACGGUAGGAGGGUUAUUUCGUUGUUUUCUCUCUCUUUUCUUUUUUUCCCCUUUUUUUUCUUAUCAGACUGAGGGAACAGUUCUCGGGUAUAAUACAGGCGCGUUUCGCGCGAGCUCUCGCGGGACGACGAGGAGCGAGGUCGAAUAGGAGCGAAGAGCGAUAUAAAAAAAAAAAAUAGGAAAGCGUUCGUAAUAUUCUCUAUAAAUGUGUAAUAAAACCGAGUCCAAAGAUGUUAUAUAUAUACAUAUAUAUAUUAUAUACUGCGUGUCCGCGCCAGAGAAAGUACGAACGACGGCGUAUCCUGUAAUAUAUAAUUGAUAGGCUAACACACUUAGCGUGUGCGCCCCACGUAGUAGAGCGUAAGUUGGUGUAAAUAGCGUAGUGUUACAUAGCGUUUAGCGAGCAGCAGCAGCAGAAACAGCAACAGCGAUGGCGGCGGCGGUGGCAGGAGGGACGACGAGAGACCAGGUAUUCAAAGGAAAAGUAACGCGGAACGCUCGAAUGCGAUCCAACUCUCUCGUGCCCAACGCCGAAAUAGCGUUUCCAUCCUCCCCCUCCCCGAAAUCGCGUAGAUUUGAGAAGAGUAAGAGAAAAAAGAAACAAAGAAAUGGACUUUCGCCUCUUUGUCGAUAUGAAAAAUGGAGGCGCACGUACAAUUGUUUUUAGACUUCGUCUUUGCGUUACGCGUUGAACAGUUCCGAUUCAUUUUUUUAAGCGCCUUGUUUUUUUAUUUUUGCUCGUCACUUUCGUUCAGAUUCACGGGCGAUUCAAAUUUUACGAGGGAAGCUGACGGUUAUACGCUUUUUUCGUUACCGAAUUUUAACAUAAUCUGGCGCUAAGAUUCAUCUCUCGCUGAGGAGGAGGAGGAGGAGGAGGAGGAGGAGGUUACGAUCGAGACAGUUGCUUUUCCUUUUCGUAACGGCGCGAAUUCUCCGAAGACGCGCGUUUACGUGUCACUGUAAACUGUAUUCUGCGAUCAAAUCGUUUUUACGGAACACGAUAACGAAUUUUUAACUCGCAAGUAAGUUAUUUUCCCCUCCUUUCAGUCUCAAUGUUUAGUUCGAUACUUUGCGCGACGUUGUCAUCAGGUUAAUAUUCCUCGUUAUCUUUUAUCGAUAUCUCGAUACUCUUAGUUUUUACUUGUGUUAUCCGCGAUGCGCGACGGAAACUUCUUCAGGUCGUAUCUCUUAGAAUCCGAGGGCAAGGACAAAGGAAGAGAUCAAGUUCUUCGCUACUUCAUAUGUCGAUGCGAGAGAGAAGCGAUUUUAUUAUCGUAGGUUUAUUCAUGUAUAUUGUAUACACUUUGCUUCAACAUUUGGCUUGGACAUUUGGCUUCCCGAUGCAGUUUGGUUAGUAACCGAUAGUCCAAUAAGAGAGUUUAAUCAGAGAAACAAAGAAACAAUAAGUCAAUUAUUCGGGCUCUCGGAAGUACAAUGAAUAAUUCUUAGAGAAAUCUGAAAUUUAAGAUACCCUAUAUGGUUAUUUCUUCAUAGAUUAAGUGGGUUUCGCAACUUGCCUCGGCUCUUACCGACUUUUUCGUCCCCAGUUGGUUAAUAAAAAACAAAGCCUUUGGACCAUCGGCUAUGUUUCAAACUGCGUCGAGAAAAAUAUCCAAACCACAUUGGAACCAAGUGUGCGCCCACACUCAGACACACGCGUGCGUAUAUACGCAGGUACACGCUCUUGUCCGCUUACAUGAGACUCGAGUCCUUCUACAAGUAUUAAAAAAAAAAAACUAUAAUUCGCGUGCAUGAUAUGUAUCGACGCGUUAGCAAAGAGGGCCUAAUUACCCAGGCACCGUUUUUGCGAUUGCCAAGUAUGUGGAGAGAGAGAGAGACAGAGAGCGCGCGAGAGAGCUAGAAUAAGGGAGAAUGAGAGGGUAUGAAUGUGCACGAGUAUGCAUGAAAAUGUGAGAGAGAAAGCGAGGGAGAAAGAGUAUCGGGGGUCAACACAGUACUUCUCUGGAUACUCGGAUCUCUACUAUUAAUUACAUUCCAAACUUUGUCCUGCCGCGUUUACAACCCCGCGACAUGCCUUCUACGUUAUUUAACUGCCGCAAAAAAAGAAGCGAGAUCAACGCGUUCAACGAACGUUCGUUCGAUGAAAGUUCGCUCAACGAACUGCCGUCUAGGUGUCAUCGUUAUAUCACCCCCCUCCCCCUUUCUCUCCUCUCGACUGUUUACCUCGUUUCCUUUUUAUCAUGAAAAAGACCAAUCUCGAAAUCCACGAAGACUGUGUUACUCUUCGACGUAGUUAGUAUCCAGUGAUCCCGAAGGAGCGGGAGGGAAUGUCAUCCAGUCCUCGGUCCUUCGGGACGGAGACCCAACAAUAUAUUUACUUCGUAUUCACAUUAUAUCUCUUUGUACAUAUCCUAACGAUCUUCGAAUAUUAAUAUCCAACGUUCUCGAGGAAAUUUUUAAGCGUAUCUACCAGAUAAUUAAGGUUCUUCGUAAUGCAGCAUCAAAAAAGUAAAAAGAGACCGAAUCGUUUUCUUUUCCUUUCUUUCGGUUCCGACGCAAAAAUCGAUUUUUAUCUUUUACAUUUUGUUAUUUCUCUUACCCCCUUCGCCGACUUGAGUCGUACCGUAGGCGCACCAGGCUCUACGUCAUUCCAUGUUCACGCAUUUAUGACUUCUCGGACGGAGUGUCGGAGAAUUUUUAACGAGGAUUCUGGAUUCUCUGUGAACUUUUUUUUUAUCCGUUACGUUCGCUACACUCGCGUGGCUCCAAGAGUCUUUCAAUGCGCGAAAAGUCUCCAAUAAGACGAUAAAUUUUCUAACGUGAAUAUCGUGCGUGAUUUUCCUGCAGAUUCUCUCACGCGUGACCGCAAGACAAUCCGCGCGCGUGACUCGACCAGGAUUCUCGGUGGAAAUUCGAAUUUUACCGUGUGCCGUGUAAUUUUAGCGAUACAACAAUUUAACGUCGAAUCAAGAGAGUCUGGGCGCGUCAGUUAAAAAAUUCGGCUCUCUUCCCUCAUGGAAAUUUAAAAAGAGAGAAACGACGUUUUGCGCGGCUCGUGAGAAGAAACAGUACAAUGUACGGCCACGCGCGCCGCGAGAAUAUUCACUGUUCGGCGAGUGCAAGACGGACCCGCACCUUCCUCCACUCUCACCGUCUCUUCCUUUCUUUUCCUUUUUUUUUUAUUUAUAUACAUAUAUUACUACGCCUCGUUCUCUGUUGUUUUAAUUAUUUAUAACCCCGAGAUAUUCGACUAUAACGCGUAUACAACAACAGAAAAUCUUUUGUAUUUAAUUUGUUUAAUAAAACUUGGAUCAUAGUACAA